ACCACUGCCAUCAUUCUGUACCGAUAAAUGGUAAUAAAUGCUAGAUUGCUGCAUGAGAUCCCGAGUUUAAUUUCUACAGAAUUUUCCUUUGCUGUUAUUGGACGUUUGGCUUUAAGUAUACCAAGAACUGCCUCUUUAAACAUUUUCAGUACUUCCUAACUAAAAUCUCCCAUAAUAUAUAGCUUAGUUUCUUUUUCUUCACACCAUAUCUCUCUUCUCUUUGUGAGAUUGUUGAAAGGAAAUGGAAUUGGAUGGAGGAGAUGACGGACGCAUCAGAACAGGAACCUUGGCAACUGCAAUAGCCCAUGCUUUUACUGCAGUUGUUGGUGCUGGAAUAUUAGCAUUGCCCUGGAGUGUGGCUCAACUGGGUUGGAUCCUUGGUCCCUUUGUUCUUGUCUUCUUUGCCAUUAUAACAUAUUAUACGGCAAUCCUUCAAUGUGACUGCUACAGAACUCCUGACCCUGUCCAUGGAAGAAGAAACUACACUUAUAUUGAUGCUGUGAGAAACAUUUUAGGUCCAAGAAAUAAACUUAUGUGCGCUGUACUGCAGUAUACACUACUAUGGGGAACAAUGAUUGGCUACACUGUCACAACUGCCAUUAGUGUAGCGACUGUAAAAAGGACAAUAUGUUUUCAUCUGAAGGGGCGAGAAGCAAAAUGUGGUGUAUCAGGAAAUCUGUAUAUGGUUAUAUAUGGAGGAAUGCAAAUAUUUCUAUCUCAAUGUCCCAACUUGGAGAAAGUGGCUUUCCUUUCCGUUAUUGCAGCUGUUACGUCAUUUGCUUAUGCACUUAUUGCACUGUGUCUCUCUAUUGGAAAACUUGCCUCAAACCAUGAGUUUAAAGGAAGUCUCAUGUUGGCUAUGGCGGACACCAAUGUUACACAAGCCACAUCAACUAAAAUUUGGCAUGUCUUUCAAGCUUUUGGAAACAUUGCUUUGGCAUAUACUUUCUCAAUGCUGCUAAUAGAAAUUCAGGAUACCUUGAAGCCACAUCCACCAGAAAAUAAGGUGAUGAAGAGAGCAACCUUUUAUGCCAUUGGUGGAACAACAUUGUUUUACAUAUCACUGGGAUGCAUGGGCUAUGCUGCUUUUGGAAAUGAUAUUCCUGGAAAUAUUCUUGCUGGAUUUUAUGAACCGUUUUGGCUUGUUGACAUUGCCAACCUUUCUGUAGCCAUACAUUUAAUUGGAGCUUAUCAGGUGUAUGGGCAACCAAUAUUUGCAAUAAAUGAGAAGCUGCUUGCAUCAAGAUUACCAACAUCAUCCUUUACUACUAUUUACACCAUUAAAUUGCCCCUGAAACAGAAACCUACCAUAAGAUUUGGCCUGCAUAAGCUGUUUCUUCGCACCUUUUUCGUCAUUCUAACGACUGCAAUUGCAAUGAUGUUUCCAUUUUUCAACGGAAUUCUUGGUCUUCUGGGAGCUCUUUCUUUCUGGCCAUUAACAGUCUACUUCCCAUUAAGCAUGUACAUUGUGCAAACAAAGAUCAAGAGAAGGAGCUGUCGUUGGAUGAUUUAUCAAGCUUUGAGCUUGGUUUGUGUUAUUGUGAGUCUCAUCUCAGGUAUAGGCUCAGUUGCAAGUAUGUUAGAGAGUCUUAAGCGAGCAAAGCUUUUUCAUAUUGAUUUAUAGUUGCAAUUCUAUGGUUUUAUUUGUAUUAGUCUUUGUGAUGGAACUUGUAUUCAACUUUCAAUUUCAUUUUGCCUGAUAAUUUCAGCUAUGAAAACUUUCAUAUAUUCAUUCUUUGUCAUAA